CAAUUAAUAUAUGUGUCUCGUGCAUCGGGCUCUAACUAGUUUGCUGUGAAAAUACAAAAUUAUACUGUUAAAAACCGCCAUUGAUAACUCCCACUCUCUCUCUCUCUCUUUUCCUUUGUGAUUCGCUUGGUGAAAUUUUAUCGAACUGCCUGAGUGAAAAAUCUGGUAAGAUAGUUAAACAUGAAUUAGUGAGUAAGUUGAUCAAUGGCGAAGGCAAAACCUAAGACAAUCGGAUUUGUGUUGGUGAUUGUGGGGCUUAUGGGAUUGUUUCUCAUAGCACAUCUGAUCUGGGCUUCAUCAUCUUUCUCUCCUUCAAAUUGGGCUCUCAAAGAUUCGAACAAUUUCGAGGUUCCAAACCCUGUUCACAGAAGUAAUAGCUCGCUCGACGCUCCAGAUAAGGUGACACCUGAACAAGAUAAGAAGGGUACCUUCUCGAGUAGGGUUUUAUCAGCAACAUUUGCCGAUUUGCCAGCUCCCGAGUUGAAAUGGGAGAAGAUGGAAACAGCACCAGUGCCUCGUCUGGAUGGUGCAGCUAUACAAAUAAAGAAUCUUCUUUAUGUUUUUGCUGGAUAUGGGACCAUUGAUACUGUGCAUUCUCAUGUUGAUAUAUACAAUUUCACCAAUAACACCUGGAGUGGAAGGUUUGACAUGCCAAAAGAAAUGGCUCAUUCGCAUUUAGGCAUGGUGACAGAUGGAAGAUACAUUUAUGUGGUUACUGGACAGUAUGGACCUCAAUGUAGAGGGCCCACAGCACACACAUUCGUAUUGGACACUCAGACACAUCAGUGGAAGGACCUGCCACCUUUACCAGUCCCAAGGUAUGCCCCAGCCACCCAACUUUGGAGAGGCCGACUUCAUGUAAUGGGUGGUAGCAAAGAGAAUAGGCAUACGCCUGCUUUAGAGCAUUGGAGCAUAGCUGUAAAAAAUAGUAAAGUUUUAGAAAACGAAUGGAGAUCUGAAAUUCCCAUUCCUCGUGGUGGACCUCACAGGGCUUGUGUUGUGUACGAUGACCGUUUAUAUGUUAUUGGCGGUCAAGAGGGUGAUUUUAUGGCCAAACCAGGCUCUCCAAUAUUCAAAUGCUCACGUCGUAAUGAGGUUGUAUAUGGUGAUGUGUACAUGCUAGACGAUGAUAUGAAGUGGAAAGUGUUGCCCUCUAUGCCGAAGCCCGAUUCUCAUAUCGAGUUUGCUUGGGCAAUUUUUAGCAGCUCGAUUAUCAUUGUUGGAGGCACCACGGAGAAACAUCCCGUGACCAAAAAAAUGAUUUUAGUUGGAGAAAUAUUCCGGUUCGACUUUGAUACACUGAAGUGGAGUGUGAUCGGGAAGCUUCCAUAUCGGGUAAAAACGACACUAGUUGGGUUUUGGGAUGGAAUGUUGUAUUUUACAUCGGGCCAACGAGACAGAGGGCCCGAUAAUCCUGCACCGAAGAAGGUGAUUGGGGAGAUGUGGAGAACAAAGCUUAUUUUGUGAGCAUAUUUUGUUUAUUUUCAUUUGGUAGAUAGCAAUAUGCCAGUGUAACAAAUUCAUUAGCCUAUUCUUUUUAUCCUUUUAUUCUUCCAUCUUUUCACUGUGUAGUUUAAAUGUUUUCACCUCCAGAGUCGCACCUUCUUUGUAUUAGUUUGAAUAUUACUUGAUAGUGUUGCAUUNUAUU